UCAAUAUAUCAACACCAAUUUUCUUACUAAAAAGUCCACUAAAAUGAGUCACUUGACAACUUUUUUAGUGUUCUUCCUCCUUGCCUUUGUGACUUAUACUUAUGCUUCCGGCGUAUUUGAAGUCCAUAACAAUUGCCCAUACACCGUCUGGGCAGCGGCAACCCCUGUAGGCGGUGGCCGACGUCUCGAACGAGGUCAAAGUUGGUGGUUCUGGGCACCACCUGGUACUAAAAUGGCACGUAUAUGGGGUCGUACUAAUUGCAACUUUGAUGGUGCUGGUAGAGGUUGGUGCCAAACCGGUGAUUGUGGUGGAGUCUUAGAAUGCAAAGGAUGGGGUAAACCACCAAAUACCUUAGCCGAAUACGCGUUGAACCAAUUCAGCAACUUAGAUUUCUGGGACAUCUCUGUAAUUGAUGGAUUUAACAUUCCUAUGUCUUUUGGCCCGACUAAGCCUGGUCCUGGAAAAUGUCACGGAAUUCAAUGCACAGCCAACAUAAAUGGUGAAUGCCCUGGUUCACUUAGGGUACCUGGAGGAUGUAACAACCCAUGUACAACAUUUGGAGGACAACAAUAUUGUUGCACACAAGGACCAUGUGGUCCUACUGAGUUAUCAAGAUGGUUCAAACAAAGAUGUCCUGACGCCUAUAGUUAUCCUCAAGAUGAUCCAACAAGUACAUUUACUUGCACAAGUUGGACUACAGAUUAUAAGGUUAUGUUCUGUCCUUAUGGAAGUGCUCACAAUGAAACAACAAAUUUCCCAUUGGAGAUGCCUACAAGUACUCAUGAAGUGGCCAAGUAGAUUCAUGAGUGGAGUUAGCCAACACUUUCUUUGUUUAGUUUGCUUGAAGAUGGUCAUUGUCUUUAAUUUGUCUUAGUUACACGCAUUUCUUGUAAUUUGUUUUCUUGAAGUGGCUAUGAUCUGAAUAACGAUCGAUCGAUCACAUAUAUUGUACUUUUUCUUACCCAUGAUGUUUUCAUUCUUCAAUCAAGAGUGCAUUUGGAUUAUCGUGUCA